AUGGAUACCACACCCUCUCACAAACGGCCCCCCAGCCCGCAUCUCAUAUCUAACCCCUUCAUCAAGAAGAAAAAUCUACAAUGGACUUUGAACGCACCAGGUCCCAUCCCCCGAAGCUCCCCGCCAUUGGAUAGAGAAUCCUAUCCAGGCCUCCGGACAGACUACACCGCCGGCCCUGGCUCCUCUGCCCCCGAGCCGAGGCCCACUGCUCCCGCUGUGGAAUCCGGGGCUGCCAUCAUCGAUGAUCAUUUACAACACUUUUCGGAGCAUCUAGCUCAAUUCGUCAGGCAACGGACAGGAGAAGAUAGUAUACUGUGCAAGCUCUCGAUUGAUGAAUAUGCCGCUAUCUAUACCGCCAAUGCCGGCUCUGAGCAAGGUGCACACUUUGUCAUUCAUCAGCAUGAUCAUCCUAUCGCCGGAACCCACUAUGAUCUUCGGUUACAGAUUAACGAGACGAGCAGUGUCAGCUGGGCCAUCAUGUAUGGCUUACCUGGCGAUCCAAACAGCAUGAGACUAAACCGUAAUGCGACUGAAACUCGCAUCCACUCGAUAUGGAACCAUUUGAUCGAAACCGCCUCUCCAGAAACAGGAUCUCUCAUGAUAUGGGAUACAGGCACGUACUCAAUCUUGCCUCGUCGCAGCAAAUAUGCUCCUGCGCUUGAUCCGGAUUCCGGCGCGUCGGACGGUGAAACAGCUUCGCCCUCACCACCCACCACGCAGCAGUCUCUCCUACACGCAGCCUUUCAGGCUCGAAAGAUUAAAAUUCGCCUCCACGGUACCAAGCUUCCAGACCCAUAUGUCAUAUAUAUGCGUCUCACCAAGACAGAGGAUGCUGCCGGACGUGCCAAAGCCACUCCAACCAAGAGCCCAAGACGUCGGCGUCGGCGGGCAGCCAAGUCUGCACCAACACAAGAUCCAGAAACCAGUAAUAGUGAGACAAACGGGUAUGGGGACUCUGACGCGGACCUAGUCCCUGUGACCAGCUCACAGCUUCCGCAGAAGGAUGCGGCGGCACUGUCGGCGCUGGAAAAGGAGCUGCGGGAGUUGGACGACGACGAAGUGCGACGCACAAACGCAUACAAAGGCGCAACCAAUUCAAUUGGCAGCAUUCACCAGCGUAAAUGGUAUUUGUCUUUGGAAAGGGACCUAUCUGGCUUCGCACCCACAAAGUCGAAGAGCGAUCGUAUGACAUGGGAGCCAAAGCGCUCCAGCGCCGCCGAAACGCUUGAUCCUGGCACAUCCGACUCUUCAUCCCGCUUGACGUAUCCCUUCUAUGUUCGCGGUACGGAAUUUGAGCGCAGUGUUGUCACUGGCCGUCUCGGCGCUGAUAUCCUUUGUGACGAAGGUGUCCGUGGGUUUGUACCCAGGAUGGGCUGGAAGCCUGUGGUCAAUUGA